GAAACCCAGGCAGAGCCCCGGAGUCACCGGCCAGAGCAGGUCACAGCAGGGAUUGUGGAGUCAUCGAAUAAUUUUGUUUGGGAGACACCCUCAAGAUCAUUGAGUCCAACCAUAACCCACCCCUGGCACUACCCCAUGUCCCUGAGAACCUCAUCUCCAUGUCUGCUCAACCCCUCCAGGGACGGUGACUCCACCACUGCCCUGGGCAGCCUGUUCCAAUGCCCCACAGCCCUUUGGGGAAGAAAUUGUUCCCAAGAUGUAACCUCAGCCUCCCCUGGUGCAACUUGAGGCCGUUUCCUCUCAUCCUGGAGCUUGUUCCUUGGGAGCAGAGCCUGACCCCCCCUGGCUCCAAGCUCCUUUCAGGCAGUUCAGAGAUCAGAAGGUCUCCCCUUAGCUCCUGUUCUCCAGGCUGAACUCCCCAGGUCCCCCAGCUGCCCCCAUCACACUUGUGCUCCAGCCCCUUCCCCAGCUCCGUUCCCUUCUCUGAACUCACUCCAGCACCUCAAGGGCUUUCAUGUCAUGAGAUGCCCAGUUCUAUCAUGGCUUAUGCUGGGAUGGCCCAGGGGUAACAGGUUUCGCACUCCCUGCCCUUCAUUUGGGGAUCCUGCGUCAAGAAAAAUGAUGCACAGCAAACCUUUUCCAUCUGAAAAUGUCUCUUCCAGUCACAGGGCUCACCCUGUUCCCCAUAACGCCCAGCCAUGGGCAGAGACACCCCUCCAGAACUCAUGGAGAGGCUGAUGGUGAUGAAAAGUGUUAUUUGUAGCACUUUGCCCAUUUCUGUGCUGCUUGCAGGUUUUUCUGGCUAGAAAUCCCAUUUCCCCUGCACCAUGGGGUGCCAAGGAGGGCCAGCAACAGGCCCCCAGCUCCCCCCAUCACCGCCUGCAGCUGGUCUCUAUUUUAAAUGCCUGAUUUAAGCCAAGCAGCACAAUGAUUCAUAAUUUAAUACACCUAGCCAAAGGUCUAUUUUCUCCUCCCUUCCUACCCCCUCAUCCCAGCAGCUGGGAGCUCCUGGGGUACCGUGUGAUGACAAAGCCAUUGCUUUGGGGUUGUGUUCCCCCCAAAAAAAUCUUAUUUUAGGGGAGAAGGUGAAAGCUUUGCAGUUGUUUUGCUGUCAUUGAUCCUGAUAGGUGUCUGACUUAAAAUAGCACAUGUAGCUCUGGUUGCUUUUAAGCACCCUUGAUCUGUGUCCAAAGGGGGCUGGGGGGCCCUUUCGGGGGCUCUGUGUCCUGCAGAGGAACGAUCCCCAUCCCCUCCAUUCUCCUCAUCCUCCUCAUCCUCCCCAUCCCUGGGGCUUGCAGGGACUUCCACACUCCCAGACUAUUUUGGGAGGGUUUAAAAAUAUCCUUGCUGCACUAACGGGCAAUAAUCCCAGCAGCGCAGCCGCCCCAUGUGGCCCGGAGGAGCCUUUGCCCCCCCAGCCCCGAGUCUGUCUCCCCCCUCAGCACCCCUGGGGGCCGGCCCAGGGGCCGGAUCCUGCGGUCCUGGGCACUGAGCCCCAUCCCAAACGGCUGUGAUUGCCAUGACAACCCUGACUUCAGCCUCCGCCACCUCCUCGGGCUCCCAGCCCGCUGGGUGCUGGCUGAUGGCUGGGUGCAGGCAGCGGCGUCUCUCCCGCAGGACAGAGGAUGUCCUCGAUGUUUGGCAAACCCCGAGCCAGCAGCGAGCGGCCCCCCCAGAGCCCCCUCACCGAGUGCAAUGUGGCCAUCCUGGGGUGCCAGGGGGCCGGAAAGUCAGCCCUGACCGUGAAGUUUCUAACCAAGAGGUUCAUAAGCGAAUAUGAUCCCAACCUGGAGGACACCUACGCUUCGGAGGAGCUGGUGGACCAGCAGCCUGUCCUGCUGAAGGUGAUGGACACUGCUGACCAGGACGGCCCCGGGAACUGCGAGCGGUACCUGCACUGGGCCAGUGCCUUCCUCGUUGUCUACAGCAUCGACAAUCGGAAAAGUUUCGAGGGCUGUCAGCGCUACCUGGAGAUCCUUGCCCGGCAUAUGAGGGGCUGCCAGCGCCGCAGCCCCGUGCUGCUGCUGGGCAACAAGCUGGACAUGGAACAGUACAGAGCUGUGUCCCCUGCUUGGCCAAGGAGGAAGGACAAGUGGGUGUUGCCCUGGUGCUCACCAGCAUGCAGGCAGGUGCCUGCAGCCGAAGGGAUGUCCCUGGCGAGGAGGUUCGGGUGCCUCUUCUACGAGGUGUCUGCGUGCCAGGACUUCGCGGGGGUCCAGCACGUGUUCCAUGAAGCGGUGCGGGAGGUGCGGCGGCAGGCAGACGGCAGCCAGCCCAUCCGGCCACUCUUCAUCACCGAGGAGCGUCCCUGCCCGCUGGUGGCCACACCGGUGGCCACGCCAGUGGCCCUGCCCGCCCGCCACGGGCUGGCCAGCUGCACCUUCAACACCCUCUCCACUGUCAACUACAAGGAGAUUCCCUCGGUGGCCCAGGCCAAGCUGGUCACCGUCAAGUCCUCACGGGCUCAGAGCAAGAGGAAAGCUCCCACGCUCACCUUGCUGAAAGGCUUCAAGAUAUUUUAGGACGUGUCCAUGUGAGGUGUGAAAGGGGUGAUGAGAGACCCCUGUCGCCCUGCGAGGGUUGAGACCAGCCGUGAUGGACCCAUGGGCACCACAGCAGCUGCUGCAGGAUGGUAGUCCCUGUCUCUGCAACAAUUUUGGGAGCAGAUGGGGUGCCCAGAGUCUGAAAUCAGCUGUGGCAUCACUCUGCCUGCCCCCGCCCUGGCUCUAGUCCCCCUUGGCUGAGCUGUUUGUGCCCUGUCCUGCCACCAGCACUGGGGACCAGCGUGGCUUUCCGUACAGAUCCCUGCAGCUCCCGGAGCCACGGGCAUGGCCAGGAGGGCAAGGGCUGUCCCCAGGGCCACCCACCCAGCCUGGGCACCUGGCACACAGCGAUGUGAGCCCAGGAAGAGGGACUUAAUUAGUCAUUAAUCAAGCACAGAGGCACCCAUCUCAUUCAUCUGAUGGGUCCCCUGAACGAGCAAUAAGUAGAAGGAAUUUUUGUUUUAUUAAUCUGAAAGAGAAAGGUGCAGAUAU